UUCUCCAUGGCCCGGGCAGUCCCGUGACCCUUGCUCUGCCCGCACACGGCCCACCAGGACCUGGCCAGCUGCUCGGGCUGUGCAGGUGCUGCGGUGCUGUCAGCUCUCCCUGCCUUGGGCUCCUCCAGUCCUGAGGGCCUCAGCCAUCACAAGGACGUCCCACAACCUCCCUGUUCCUCCCCCCCUGCAGGCCCCCUGGCUGCUGGACACGCUGGUGUCCCGGGUGGCACCGGUGGCCUCCCUGACGCACUCUGGCCGCCUCGUCGUCUUUCCCAUGUUUCAGAAGCAGGUUGCACCCAAACCACCUCCCAAGAUAUUCCGCAAGGCCUCCGGAGAUCUCCAUGGUGAGGGGAAGCAAAAGAAAGAAGGGGCUUUGCCACCUCUUGUCCGGGGCAAGAAAGUGAGGUUUGAUGAAGUGCCAACCUACAUCAGACGCUUCAGCAUGGCAAGUACUGCUGGACAAAGCUCGGGAAGCAGAAGAAGCUUACAGCAGAAGGAGAGCUUUUCGUCCAGUCCGCUGCCGGCGGUCCCGAGAACAUCUGAAGCCCGCGAGCAGCCAGUGAGCCGGCAGCUGCAGGGCCAGGCAGGAAACGAAGGCCAAGAACACCUGGGCCAAACAACAGGAAAAAAACACGUCAGGUUCCGCGGAGAUGAACAAGGAGCGGGACAGGACCAUGAGGCUGGAGCGGCGGCCAUGUGGAAAGCAAAGGCCUCGCACCCUCAGGUUGCCGGGAGGCAGGUGGCAUCUCGCAUCAAAGAAAGGAGAUGUUCAUUAAGGGCUGAGUCCAGCCUGUCCAGGGACACCAAAGGCCACGCAUCCCGGCCGCCGUUACUGCCACGUGACUCUGUCAAACUACUCAGGCAGAGGCAGAUGGCUAAGGAGGACAGGCCAGCGCAGGCAGAACCUCGGGAGACGGCAGCAUCACCGUCUCACCACCCUUGCAGAAGACAACAGGACCCUUUGAACCCAGCUGAGGACCCCCUGGAUCCUAUAAGUCCGCUCUGUGACAUCCCCAGACCCUUCUGA